AUGGAUGCUAUCGCUUUCAACGCCCUCCUGAGCGCCGUGGAGAAGGCCGGCGAGCGCCAGGCCCCCAUGCCAUCCUCGAUCUCCACAGCAGGCUGGCAGUGGCGCUGGGCCACAUCACUGCUGGCAAAGCUUCAUCUCUCGGAUCUGCAGGGGGACGCUAUCAGCUACGGUGCCCUCAUCCUCACAUGUGGUCGGUGCCAGCAGUGGCAGCAAGCCCAGUUUUUCCUGCAAGACAUUGAGCUCCAGCACACCGACGUGAUCACCUCCAAUGCGGUGAUGGGCACCUACCAGAAGUCAGCACAGUGGACCAGAGUGCUGCACUUCUUCACAUCCCGGCCACGCGCGGCCACGGUAGAUGCGCUGAGCCAUGCUGCCGCGAGCGCAGCCUGCGAGGUGGGCGGCUGCUUGGGCGCCCAACUCCACAUCCUCGGCGAAGCCGAGGUGAAGGCUGUCGGCGGCCUGACGCCAAGACGCAUGCCGCGAGGACAUGAGGCAGGCCUUCCAGAUGCCAAGCGAGCAUUGGCUAAAAACCAUGAAGUUGCAAGGACCGAGAUCGAGACCGGGAUCGAGAUAAGGAUCGAGGUAAUGGCUGGUCUCAUACGCCAGGCACUGCCACAAAUUUUGACGUCACAGAAGUUUCCAGACCGGGACCGAGACAAGAAAGAUCGAAAAGAGAAGGACCGGAGCCGAGAGCGUGGAGACAAGGACAAGGACCGCAAGAAGGACAAGGAGAAGAAGGACAAAGACAAGAAGGAAAAGGAGAAGGACAAGGAGAAGGACCAGGAGCCGGAAAAGGAAGUGGAGAAGGAGCCCGAGCCAGAAGUGCCGGCGGAGGUCCCGGAGCAGAGGGAGCGCAGUCGCAGCCGUGAGUCACGUGACAGCACCGACAUGCCCAAGCGGCCGGCCGGUCACCAGGCAUCGCCCACCCCAGAACGGAUGGCGGGCAACGACGCGAGCGGGGCAAGGAUUGCACCGCCCCAGGACGAGGACGAAGUCCACACGGGCAUCACCUGCUCCGGGUGCCACAUGAGUCCCAUCCGUGGCGAUCGCUUCAAGUGUCAGACCUGCGAUUCCUUCGACCUUUGCGAGGACUGCUACGAGCGAAAGGCGCAGAUCCAUCCCGGCGGCCACCGCUUCUUCAAGAAGCGGUUCGUCCCUGGCGAGGCCAAAACACCGGCGCCCAAAGAGGCCCCUCCACCGGCAGCAGCCGCACAGGCGCCUACUUUGCCGCAGAUGCCAAGCAUGGGCCAAAUGCCGAACAUGGCGCAGAUGCCCAACAUGGCGCAGAUGCCCAACAUGGCACAAAUGCCCAACAUGGGACAGAUGCCUAACAUGCAGCAGAUGCAGCAGAUGAUGCCCGGAACUCAAAGUGCAGCCUCGGACAUUGCUUAUGCACACCGGGCCUACCUUACCAAAGGAGUGCAAGACGAACUCCCCGAUCAGCUGGCAACACCAACGUCCAUCCUUGCUGCCAUGGGCGCUCCGUGCGGCAAAGAUGAACGGUAUGGGCAUCCUCCAGCCGGCAUCCUGUCUCAACCGAUGAAGCGACGAUGGCUGAACUCAGUAUUCGCUGCUGCGGCUGAGCAUGUCUCCCCAGUUCUUGACCUAUCCGUUGGCUUGGCUUCUGACAAGUUUAGCGCUCGAGGUUAUUACACACACCCUGCGGGUCAGCCUCCGCAACUCGGCGUGUCCAAGCCCACACGUUUCAUGGAGUUCACCAUUGAGCGUGCAGAACUUACGGGGCAGAACCUGUCUGGAUUGUUUGGGGCUUACGACACUGCGCCUGGACACUUCGUCCCGGGCCAUGUGGUCCCUGGCCACGUGGUGCCCGGCCAUGCGGUCCCCAGCCUCCGUCCCAGCCUCUGCCCCAAGCAGUACCUGGGCGAGCCAGUGCAUCGAGUGACUCAGCACAGCUGUGAAGUCUUGAAACUUUUGGCGCAGGGCAUCAAGGUCACACGGGCGCACCUCCCACGCGAUCCACCCCGUCUUGCCACCGCGGUGUGGAGUGCACUGUGCCCCGGCGACCAGUGGGGGGAGUCUGCGUUCUUCGAGGGUCCUGGAUGCUUCGGAGGUCGUUGGGGUCAGAGGAUUUCACCGAGGAGCAUCGCCGCAGGCCGCUUCUGCAGAGGGGAGAAGCUGAGGUUCUAUCACCCCGAGAAUGUUCUGCUGGCUUGCCAGUAUGGCAGCAAGUGCUACCAAAAGAACCUCGCCCACCUCAAGCAUUUCGUGCACCCGGGUGACCGGCACUACCGGAUUGGCCUCGUGCACUUCCCCACCCGGAAGGGAGUGCAGGUCCAAAAGGAGUUCCCCACUUUGCGGGACCUUUUCAACUUUUGCGACCCGGAUGAGUCUGGGAACAUUUCCAAGGAGGAGUUUCAGGACGCCUGGGAGCUGCUUGUCGACCUGCCCCCAGGGGUCUUCGGCAUGGAGGUAGAAGAAGGGGGCCUGGGUGUCCAGUUUUGCUUCGGCCCUGCGCUGUCGGGCAGCUAUGCGGAGGCAUCGAUGCACAUCGUUGCAUCUUUCUGUGGCAUAGAGGCCUGGGAGGCGGCGGCUGGCGACGAGCGAAGCCACCUCACUUUCGCCCAGUUUGCAAAGUGGGCAGCAGCCACUUUGGAUGUAAAGAUUCAGCUGCCCGUGGGCGUGGAUCCCUCUGAUGCUUCUGCGGAUCGGCCCUGCCGCUUUCAGUACAAAGACCGCUGCCCUUGCGUGAACUUCAAGGCCAGUUCUGUGAACGCGACGAUGUGUGAGUGCGGCCACAAGAGCUCCGCCCACCUCUCUGACGUUGCCCUGAUGACCCGUGAAGAGCAGGAGGUCUUGAACAAGCUCAAGCGCCGAGCGCUGGGUCGCGGUGCCUCCAAGACCUCGCUCUUCGCGCCGGCCAGGAAGCCCGGCGUCACCUUCGUCACAGAUCCGGAGGUCCUGACGGCGCUUCAGACGUUGCUGACAGCGACCCACAAGGAUCACGACAACUGGACUCGCGAUCGCGGCUGCGCACUCCAUGGACGCCACAGCUGUGAGGCAUCAUGCCUCUUCCGGCACCGUGCGCCUGUGCCCACGGGCUAUCAGCUCAUCCGUGCUGAGAGGAACCGAAAUCCAUCCCUGUGGCACACCUACGCCACAACGAGAGGUGCCAUCAAGCAGGACCGCACGAGCCAGGGAACAUCAGACGACCAAGGGUUCGAAAGCCGAAGCUUUGGUACCAGAAUCCGACACCUCAUAGCUGAAGUUGCUUGA